AUGACUCAACCACCUCAAGCACCAGUCAGGCCACCUCAAGCACCAGUCAGACCACCUCAAGCACCAGUCAGACCACCUCUGGCACCAAUCAGAAGACCUAAGGCACCAAUCAGAAGACCUCAAGCAUCAAGCAUGACCCAGGCACCAAUCAGGCCACCUCAAACACUCAGUAGGCCAGCUCUGGCACCAUCUCAGACUCAGGCACCAAGCAUACCACCUCAAGCACUCAGCAGACCAGCUCUGACACCAUCUCAGACUCAGGCACCAAGCAUACCACCUCAAGCACUCAGCAGACCAGCUCUGGCACCAUCUCAGACUCAGGCACCAAGCAUACCACCUCAAGCACCAAGCAUACCACCUCAGGCACCAAUCAGGUCUACAUUAGGGUUAAAAUCAAAAUCAAAGAAGAUGAAGAAUACCUCUGACACACCUGUUCGUAGGAGGACAAGAUCCACAACAACUCUCAAGUGUAGGUUCACCAACACAUCGGACACACCUCUAAACAUUGAGUAA